CCGAUAUAUCAGAUUACCCAAUCUCCCCAAAACUUUGGAGACCUCCCACGUGUAUCUUGCUAAAAACCCGAAACCACCCCUUCCCAACAGAAUCCUUCGUUCCACCCUCAAUCAAGGUCAAAUCCGACAUUUCAGUAAUUCCCAGCCAGCAAUAGCAAAAAUUCUAGCUUUUGAAAUUUUUGCGGAGAGAAGCGGAGGUGGUCUCUGCGAUAAUAACUUGGGGGAAGCGUUUUCCGUUUCUUUUUUUCUUUGGGAAGAUCAGAGAAGAAAUUUAUUUUUCAUUUUUUUUAUAAUUAUAAAAAUGAAAAUCCCCGUAAUAUGUUUCUUAACUUCACUCUGAUCUCUCCGAUUCUCUCUCGACGCGCCACCGUCUCCUCCACCAUCGCCGCUGCUAACGCCUAGGGUUUCUUGUAAAAGGAUUCUCUAUUUAGCAGCAUAUAAGCCAUGCCAACUUUUACUGCUAUAGCUUUGGAUAGGUUGUUGGAACCUGGAGCUUCCAAAUCUGUAGACAAGUCUGGUCCUAUUUUAAACCCACCUAUCCCCAACCCUAAGCCUAUUCCUAGUCCUAAUUCAAAGAUGGAAAGCCGGAACGGUACAUCAGUAACAGAGAGGAAAGUUAAUCGCCCCCAAAUAUCACCUGCCCUCUAUGCUACUCCUGAGGCAACCCCACUACCUGAUUCGCCAUCUUCUUUCCCUCCUUCACCUUACAUCAUCAAUCACAAGCGCCGUGGGCCUCGCCUGUUGAAGAGCUUUUCCGAGGUCAAUGUUUCAUCUUGGAAAAAAAACCUUGAAGAAGAUGAGGUUAAUGGGAAUGCAAAGCUGGCAAAAACCAAGUCUGUUGAUCUAUCAAAGGAUGUUUCUGUUACUUUUAGCAUUCCUGAACUUAAUGAAGAGAAGCAUGAGAAUGCUGCCCUGAGUGUUCCUAUCAAAGUGGAGCAGCCAAAUGCUGUCCAUACCGGCUCCAUUCAAGAUGAGCACAUGAAUGGUGCCCAUCAUGGUGACUUUGGGAGCAGUAAUGGGGAAGUUGGAAGCAGCCCAAUGAGUAAUGGUUUGUCCAGGGAUAGUGCUGUGCUGAACCUUUUUCCAUUGAACAUGAACAGAUAUGGUGACAGCGAAGAUUUCUUUGAUCCAAACGAAUCAAUGAGUGUCGCAAGUAAUAUGAGCGGAGAAGAUAAUACCCGGGCAGAAAGUUCUGCAAGGUUUGCUACACCAGGGGUAGAGUUUUUUGAUGCAUGGGAUGAAUUAUCUUCUGAGAGUGGAUCACAGUCUAUUCCUCGGGACAUUGAAGCUGAAAUGCGUGAAAUAAGAUUGAGUUUACUUAUGGAGAUAGAGAAGAGGAAGCAGGCAGAAGAAGCUCUAAGUAAGAUGCGAUGUAGGUGGCAAAGAAUCAGCCAAGAUUUAGCUGUUUCUGGAUUGUCAUUGCCCUCAGAUCCCAUUGAUGUGACAGAGGAUGAACUGGUGAAUCCAGCUGAAGAACUGAGGCAGCAAGUAGGUGUUGCACGACUUGUAUCAUUAUCUGUGGGAAGUGGCAUUGCAAAGGCAGAGAUGGAGAUGGAGAUGGAAGCUCAAAUUGAAUCGAAGAAAGUUGAAAUUGCUCGAUUGUGGGACCGACUACACUACUAUGAGGCCGUGAAUCGGGAAAUGUCUCAGAGGAACCAGGAAGCUGUAGAGAUGGCACGGCGCGAUAGACAAAGGAAGAAAAGAAGGCAGAGAUGGGUGUGGGGUUCAAUUGCUGCUGCAAUUACCCUUGGGACGGCAGCCUUGGCAUGGUCUUACCUCCCAACAGGAAAAGGGUCGUCUUCUGCUGCCAGUCCUCAGGCUCCUGAUCACGAUGAUGCAUCUAAGUAAUAAUUAUUCAAUUACUAUAGCUUUGAUAACCUGCCAUCAUGGCAAGAGAAUAAGGUGCUUAUAUUCUUCCAUGUGAAUAGUAGUCUCCUGCUUUUUGUUACUAGCAAUUUCUCAGCCAUGUGCCAUCAGAAGAUGUACAGUACCAUCAAAAUAAUUUUGAGUUCUAGUUGUUCCUUUCCCCGGCAAUCUGGGAGCUGAUGAAUCAUCUAAUAAUAUUGGUCUUUUGUUACCCAAA